CGCCUGCGCAAAUGCGCGCGCGGAAGGCCAGGCCUGGCGGACACAGGAAUUUUCGGGUUUUGGCUCGCACUUACGUGGGGCGCGGGCUUAAAGGCAUUGCAGUUAGCUGUCAGCAUGUUGCGCGUGGUGAGCUGGAACAUCAAUGGGAUUCGCAGCCCCGUGCAAGGGGUGGGAAACGAGGAGCCCAGCAAUUGUACCGCCAUGGCCAUGGGGCGCAUUUUGGACAAGCUGGAUGCUGACAUCGUCUGUCUUCAGGAGACCAAAGUAACCAGGGAUGUGCUGACAGAGCCCCUGGCUAUCAUUGAGGGCUGUAACUCCUAUUUCAGCUUCAGCCGCAACCGUAGUGGCUAUUCUGGUGUAGCCACCUUCUGUAAGGACAGUGCUACCCCAGUGGCUGCUGAAGAAGGCCUGAGUGGCCUACUUGCCACUCAGAAUGGGGACGUGGGUUGCUACGGAAACAUGGAUGACUUCACUCAAGAGGAGCUUCGAGCUCUGGAUAGUGAGGGCCGGGCCCUCCUCACACAACACAAGAUCUGCACAUGGGAAGGGAAGGAGAAGACCUUGACCCUAAUCAACGUGUACUGCCCCCAUGCGGACCCUGGGAAGCCUGAGCGGCUCGCCUUUAAGAUGCGCUUCUAUCGCUUGCUGCAGAUCCGAGCAGAAGCCCUCCUGGCAGCUGGCAGCCAUGUUAUCAUUCUGGGGGACCUGAAUACAGCUCACCGCCCCAUUGACCACUGGGAUGCAGUCAACCUGGAAUGCUUUCAAGAGGACCCAGGUCGCAAGUGGAUGGACCACUUGCUCAGUAACCUGGGGUGCCAGGCUGGUUCCCAUACGGGACCCUUCAUUGAUAGCUACCGAUGCUUCCAUCCAAAGCAGAAGGGGGCCUUCACCUGCUGGUCCACAGUCAGUGGCGCCCGCCAUCUGAACUAUGGCUCUCGGCUUGACUAUGUGCUGGGAGACAGGACCCUGGUCAUGGACACCUUUCAGGCCUCCUUCUUGCUGCCUGAGGUGAUGGGCUCUGACCACUGCCCCGUGGGUGCAGUCUUAAGCGUGUCUUCUGUGCCAGCAAAACAGUGCCCACCUCUGUGCACCCGCUUCCUCCCUGAGUUUGCAGGCACCCAGCUCAAGAUCCUUAGAUUCCUAGUUCGUCUCGAACAAGAUCCUGUGUUCAGGCAGUCAGCGCUGCAGCUCAGCAAUCAAACACCGGUACAGAUGCGCCAAAACAAAGCCCGUGUGCGCUCGACCAGGUCUCGGCCAAGUCAAGCUGGUUCCAGUAGAGGCCAAAAAAACCUGAUGAGCUACUUCCAGCCAUCCUCCAGUCGUCCCCAAGCUUCUUCUAACUUGGAGCUUCCUAGCCUGGGCACCCUCAUGACCCCAAAGACCUCAGAAGAGGAUGUGAUGGCCAAUGUGGUGGAGGGGCGGGCCAAGGCUUCAGAGGCCAAGGAUGAAAAGGAGCUCCCCAACUCCUUGUUGGACGUUCUUGGAAAGUCACUUCCCGUCUUUGCGUCUCAGCUUUCAUCAGCUGUCAAAUGUAAGGGCAGCAGGACGAUGUCAUAACCAGGCAAUUUCAUCUGUGGAGCAGAUUAUCAUCAUUAAUAGUAUAUUAACAUAAAUGGAAUCAUACUCUAUAAUGAUUUGCAAUUUCCUUUUUUUCUAUUUGACCACAUGGCAAUAUGCCAUGUAGUUCUUUCCAUAUAAAUUCUUUCUUUUUUGUGGAGUCAUACUAUUCAAGAAUCUGAAUGUUAACAUUAUUUAAACACUCACUUAUUAAUGGAAAUUUAAGUUACUUCCAGGGAUUUCCCCCAUCCAUUAUGAAUAAUGUUGCAAUAAAUAUCUUUGGGCUUAUGUGAGGAUAUUUUUUAUAUGGUAGAAUCCUAAAAAAAUUCCUGGGUCAAAGGAUAUAUAGACAUUAAAAUUUUUGAUACUGCUAAUUUGCCCUAUACAUUUGCUAUACAUCCCCAAUAAUAGUGCAUAAGAGUGUGUGUGUCUGGUCUCUCAUAAACUUGCCAACACCAUUUAAAAAAUUUAAUUAAUUACUUAACUGAAAUAUACUUAAUUUACAAUAUUAUAACUAAUUUUUAUUAUUUCCUUCCUUCUGCUAACUUUGGAUUUAGUUUGCUAUUUUAAUUUCCUAUUUCCUUAAGGUGUAGAGUUAGGUUAUUGGUUUGAUAUAUUGUUUCUUUUUAAAAAUAUGUUUUUAUAACUAUAAAUCUCUGAGCACUGCCUUGCUGCAUCCCAUAUGUUUUGAUAGGUUGUAUUUUCAUUUUAAUCCAUUUCUAAGUAUUUUCUAAUUUCCCUUGUGAUGUAUUCUUUGACCUACUGAUUGUUUAAUAGUGUGUUGUUCCAUUUCCACAUACUUGUGAAUUUUCCAGUUUCACUUGUUAUUGAUUUUCAGUUUCAUUCCUUUGUCACCACAAAAGAUAUUUCGUAAGAUUUUAUUCUUUUUAAAUUAACUGAGACUUGGGGCUCAAUUUAUGGUGUAUCCUGGAGAAUGCUCCAUGUGCACUUGAGAAAAAUAUGUAUUCUGCUAUUGCCAGCAGAGCAUUCUGUAUAUAUUAUUUGUUCUAGUUGGUUUAUAGUGUUUUGCAAGUUCUCUAUUAUUGAUCUUCUGUUUAUGGGUUGUUGUUCUACCCAUUACUGACAGUGGAGUAUUGAAGUAUAGAACUAUUAUUGUAGAACUAUUUCUCCCUUCUGUUUUGCCUGGUUUUGCUUCAUAUAUUUUGUGAUGGUCUUGUUAGUUGUGUGUAUGUUUAUAAUUAUAGCUCCUUGGUGAAUUGACCUUUUAAUCAAUAUGUAAUGUCCUUCUUUGUACCUUGAAACACAUUUUGAAUUAAAGUCUGUUUAGUAUGAUAUUUGUAUAACUACCCCAGUUCUCUUUUAGUUACUAUUUGCGUGGAGUAUUCUUUCCAUAAUUUCACUUUCAACCUACCAGUUUCUUUUGAUUAAAAUGAGUCUCUUGUAGGCAGCAUAUAGUUCGAUCAUAAUUUUUUCAUCCAUUCUGCCAAUCUAUGCCUUUUGAUUACAGAGUUUACUCUAUUUACAUUUAAACUUAUUACUGAUAAGGAAGAAUUUGCUUCAGCCAUUUUGCUAUUUUUUUCUAUAUGUCUUAUAGCUUUUCCUUCCUCAUUACCUCCAUUACUGCCUUCAUUUGUGUUUAAUUGAUUUUUUGUUGUUGUGUUCCAUUUUGGUUCCCUUCUCAUUUUCCUUUUUGUGUAUUUUGAGUUAUUUUCUUCGUGGUUAUCCUGAGGAUUAUAAGUAACAUAUUGAAUUCAUAACAUUUUAGUUUGAAUUAAUACUAACAGCUUCAGUAGCAUGCAAAACUCUGCUCUUAUGCUCCUAGACACCUCUGUCCUUUCCCCUUUAUGAUGUUAUUGUCAUAACUUACAUCUUUAUACAAUGUGUAUCCACUAGCAUUGACUUAUAAUUAUUGUUUUAUGAAUUUGUCUUUCAAAUCAUAUAGUAAAAAAGAAAAGUUACAAACCAAUAAUAAAAUAAUACUGA